AUGCCGAGCGGGGAGAUUCAAACGGAUUCUAUCAUUCACGCCGCCUUGGCAGAUGGUAAAGCUCUUUAUGUGCCACGUAUCGUUCGAGAGCCGCCUACGACGGACUCCAAGACCCAAAUAUCUUAUAUGCAGUUCUAUCGAAUCUACGACAGGGAUGACUACGAAAGAAACCUAAUCUCAGGAGUAUGGGGCAUUAGAGAGCCAAGUCCCAAGUUUAAUGAUUUACCUCGGUCGACAGUAUUUGACCAGGGUAGUCGAGGACUCGAUCUCAUCCUGAUGCCAGGGAUGGCAUUUGAUCGUGAAAUGGCGAGACUGGGGUAUGGAAAAGGUUAUUACGAUCAAUUUAUCGCCAAAUAUAGGUUAUAUGCGUCGACGAAUGGGUGGUCCAAGUCGAAUCUAGUGGCUCUUGGACUUUCUGAACAGAUCAUGGAGCCUGGUACUAUACCAAUGACAGAGUACGAUAUACAUGUGGACACCCUGGUCACCAAGGGCGGGUUCCACACAAAAGAUUAG